GACCGCCAACUGAUCUGCAUCCCACUCUAAUGGGUUCCUUGGACGAUGGCGUAUCAGCAUCGGGAUCGUCUUUGCCCAACAACAUGGAAAAAUUUCUGUGCGACCGGUUGCUCGACCCCAGCCAGCGAAUAUCCGAGCGCUUCCGAGCUCUCUUCUCCCUUCGCAACCUCAAAGGCCCCGACCCUCGCAACGCUCUCAUUCAAGCCACAAGGGAUUUAUCAAAUUUGUUGGCUCAUGAAGCUGCAUUUGCAUUGGGUCAAAUGCAAGAUACUGAAGCUAUUCCUGCUUUAGAAGCUGUUCUAAAUGACCUUUCUUUGCAUCCCAUUGUUCGUCAUGAGGCAGCUGAAGCACUUGGUGCGAUUGGUUUAGAGAGUAACAUUCCUCUUUUGAAGAAUAGUUUGGUUCUAGAUCCUGCUCCGGAAGUCCGGGAAACGUGCGAAUUGGCUCUCCAGCGAAUUGAGGAGUUAAAAUCUAGCAGUAGUGAUGAUAAAUCAUCAAUGAAAGAAAAGUCACCUUUUUUGUCAGUUGACCCUGCUGCAGCAGCUCUAUCUCAUUCAUCUGUUGAUAAACUUCGGGAGGUGCUAUUGGAUGAGGAAAGAGGCAUGUACGAGAGGUAUUCAGCUCUCUUUGCUCUCCGAAACCAUGGUGGAGAGGAAGCUGUUUCUGCCAUUAUUGAUUCUUUGGGAGCCAAAAGUGCUUUGUUGAAGCAUGAGGUUGCUUAUGUCUUGGGUCAAUUGCAAAAUAAAGCUGCUUCAGCUGCACUUAGCAAUAUACUGAGGAAUGUGGGUGAACACCCAAUGGUUAGACAUGAAGCUGCUGAAGCACUCGGCUCCAUUGCAGAUGAUCAAAGUGUAGCACUGCUCGAGGAAUUUGCUAGGGAUCCUGAGCCCAUUGUCUCACAGAGCUGUGAAGUCGCUCUUAGCAUGCUGGAAUUCGAGAGAGCAGGAAAAUCAUUUGAGUUCCUCUUCAUGCAAACUCUUGCUGUGCAUUAGAACUGGUAAAAACACGAGUCUAUGGGAAAAGACAGGAGCUGAAACACUAAACCACAACUUAUAUUCAUCUUAACUGGGUGUCUGUUUCACUUUUUUGCUGCAAGUUACAAAUCCUUUGUUACAGGUAAUGAUUUCAUUGCCAAAAAGAACGAGGAAGACAAGAAAUGAAGUUGGAAAAUUAUUAUUAAAGUCCCUUCUGUUUAGAACUUGUAACCAAAGGAACAACCCAAAACAUUUGUUUUCUACUAUUAACUUUUCAACUUUAGCAUGAUGAAAAAUUAAGUCGAACUAUGUAUGUGGAACCAGAAGCCUAUAGCUAGCUAGCGAGGAAGACAAAGUCAGAACUAUGAUAGUGGAAUGUAGGUUUUUUCUUCUUGUUGUUGUUGCUUAUGCAAACCGCCAUUUGCCUGUGUUAGGGAGUGAAGAACCA